GGGAAAGCGAAUUGUGUUUUAAAAAAAUCCAUCGUUCAAUAAAUCGUGUUCGUUGCAUUUUUAAUAAUGUUACAUCACGAUUUUUAACAGGGGAUCGCCACAGUCAAGCCUGUCUAUAUACCUGUAAAUGUGGCGCUAGCUAGAGCUACAUUCCUACACGUUGGAACGAGUGGAGUGAGGGGACUUCAUGCCUUUUUCCUGAUUUUGAACUUAAAACAAAGCACGGGCUUAAAUUUCAGUGUUGGCCAUGGGGCAGUGUGGUGUAACUUCGUCAAAGACUGUCCUGGUCUUUUUGAACCUCAUAUUUUGGGCGGCUGCUGGCAUCCUCUGCUACGCCGGAGCAUACGUGUUCAUCACGUACGAUGACUACGAUCACUUCUUCGAAGAUGUGUACACGCUGGUCCCGGCGGUUGUCAUCAUCGCAGCUGGGGCGCUCCUCUUCAUCAUCGGCCUCAUCGGAUGCUGCGCCACUGUGAGAGAAAGCCACUGCGGACUCAGGACGUUUGUCUUCAUUCUGCUGCUGGUUUUCAUGACAGAAGUGGGUGUUGUGGUUCUUGGAUACAUUUAUAGAGCAAAGGUUGAAGAUGAUGUGAAUGGCUCCAUACAGAAAGUAUACAAUGAGUACAACGGCACCAACAGUAACUCGCAAAGCCGCGCCAUCGACUACCUUCAGAGACAGCUCCAGUGCUGUGGCAUCCACAAUUAUUCUGACUGGCGGUACACACACUGGUUUGAAGCAUCCAAAAACAACAGCGUGCCCAUCAGUUGUUGUAACGCAAAAGUUGGUGGACUCUGCACGGGGUCCCUCGUUCGUCCUGAAGAACUCUACCAAGAAGGAUGUGAGGCUCUCGUUGUGAAGAAGUUAAAGGAAAUUAUGAUGUAUGUCAUCUGGAGUGCACUGACAUUUGCUGGGAUGCAGAUUCUGGGGAUGUUGUCAGCGUGCGUCGUGCUGUGUCGCAGAAGAAAUGAUCCCGCCUACCAGCUCCUCAUCACAGGAGGCACCUACGCUUAAGUCUUUACCCUGUCAGACUUGAUGCUGAAUUCGAUACAUCACUAACCUUAAGACACUGAAGCUGCAUGCUUUCCCCGCCCCAUAACAAAGCUGUAGUCCAAAUACUUCCAAGGGUUUGCUGAGAAUGAAUGAAUGAUUGACCUUUGGAAGUAAACCAAACUGUACUGUAAGGAGGAAGAUGUGCAAGGGUGAUUUUGAAUAUGCACUAUGUGUGUCACUGUAAGAACAUAUUAUAUAAAGACCCAGUUAAUUUUAGGACUAGUACUCCUAAUAAUCUUCUGUUUUUGGUCGAAGGCUGUUUUUGCAAUCCUCAUUAUCUCCGGACAUAAGUUACAUUUUCUAGUUGUACGCGAUAUUUAACCUUUUGCUUUGUAACGAUGGUAGUUUUAGAAUUUGUUGAUUUGUUGUGACUGGGUUAAGAAUCUAAAGAAGUUGUAAGGGAGUGCAGUUAUGGAGUUAUUGAUUCAGAGGUUUCAGCGAAAUUCGUGCAACAAAUUAUGCCUUAGGCUUUUACAGAAGAGCAUUUUUACAAGAAAGGUCAGGAUACUUUGCUAAAUCAAAGACACUGGUAUUUAAAAUUUUAAUACAUGUAAGAAAUAAACGUACAUAAUUUACAAAUAA